UGUGUGUGCGUGUAUGUGUGUGUACGUGUGUAUGUGUGUGUGUGUGUGUGUGUGUGUGUGUGUUGAUCCGAAAGAUGAACUUCAUGUGAUGUGGUUUAGUGGUUAGAGAAUCUGUCCGUGUACAGUAUAUCAGCGGCAGGGACGUUAGGUGGAAGUUGAAUCACACAGGAACGUCUUUAAUGAAUUGGCUUUAAUGAUGCUUUAGAGGAAAGAACGCUCCUGUACGUGAGGUUAUUUCGGCAAAACCGAAACCGUUCCACUGCAUCAGCAGCAUCGUAAGCAUUUACUAAUAACGGCGUUGUCAUGGUGCAGAAAUGCUACCUUCACGACUGACUGCGUUAUGCAAUACUCCACAGGGCAAUAGAAAAACUUAACCCACUCUCAGACUCCCUCAUGUGGGAGGCUGUUCAGUGUGUGUGUGUGAGAGAGAGUUUGUUCCUCAUGGCUAUUUACCACUGAACUCAGCCCACGCUUGAAGACGGUGUAAAUACAGGGAGUGUAAAUGAAUGCUCCACGUCUCAAGCCCUGACAUGAACUACAGAAGCUCUUAGUAUGUCUCAGUCUGCCGAGUUUUUCGACAUGCUGGAGAGGAUGCAGGACGACUACAUCCCAUACCCCCGGAUCGAGGAUGUGCUGGAAAAGGGCGGACCGUACCCUCAAGUGAUCCUACCCCAGUUCGGAGGUUACUGGAUCGAGGACGCAGAGGCUCCUCUGGGCACCCCGACAUCCUCAGACAGUAGCUUCUGUGACGAAGAGGAGAACGAAGGCACCGGACUCGGAGGAGAAGGAGGAGGAGGAGGCCUUGGAUACAGACUGGAGAGCAACAGCACGGCGCGAGCGUACCGAAAACACUUUCUCGGAAGAGAGCACAUGAACUAUUAUUGCACAGGCAGUAGUUUGGGAAACCUCAUUAUGUCUUUAAAGCAUGAGGAGGAUGAAGGUCAGGAAUUCCUUCGUAUUAUGCUCAGGUCAAAGACAAAGACACUCCAUGACAAGAUUCCACUGGAGGGACUGCACCAGCUGCCCAGUGUUCCUCAGAUUGCCAAGCUGCUUUGUGAUGAUGUCACAGGUCUGAAGUUUAAUCCCGUCCUUUACCCGAGGGCCUCUCAGCUGAUAGUCGGCUUCGACGAGCACGAAGUCAAUAACACCUUCAAGUUCGGGGUCAUAUAUCAGAAGUUUGGGCAGACGUCUGAAGAAGAGUUAUUUGGGAAUAACGAAGAGACGCCGGCAUUUGCCGAAUUUCUCAGUGUGUUGGGAGACAACAUAGAGCUGCAGGAUUUUAAAGGGUUCCGUGGUGGUCUAGACGUGUCUCAUGGACAAACAGGAACUCAGUCAGUCUACACUGUUUUCCGAAACCGAGAAAUCAUGUUCCACGUCUCGACGAAACUUCCCUUCACAGAGGGAGACGUACAGCAGCUGCAGAGGAAGAGACACAUCGGGAACGACAUCGUUGCUGCGGUUUUCCAGGAAGAACCCACUCCGUUUGUACCUGACAUGAUCGCGUCUAACUUCCUCCAUGCCUAUGUGUUAGUGCAGGCUGAAAACCCCUGUACUGAUCACACCACCUACAAGGUUUCUGUCACGGCUCGAGAAGACGUCCCGCCGUUCGGCCCACCUCUACCAAACCGUGCCGUUUUUAAAAAGGGUCCCGAGUUCCGUGAAUUUCUGCUCACAAAACUGAUCAAUGCUGAGAACGCUUGCUACAAGUCUGACAAGUUUGCCAAGCUGGAGGGAAGGACGCGAGCGGCGCUCCUGGAUAAUCUGCAUGAUGAGCUGCACAGACAGACCCAGGCCACGAUGGGGGUGGGUUCAGUCACAGGGGAGGACAAACUGGAGAACGGAGGCCAUGGAGGUCUGCUGGAGUCCUUCAAGAGGGCCAUGCGGGUGAGGAGUCACUCCAUGGAGACGAUGGUGGGUUCUCACAAACACAAAGCUGCAGGAGGAGGUGUGCCAUCCAGUAUGAGUGGAGGAGGGCUACCGCAGUGCAGUGCUGAGUGCACAAAGAGUACCUUUACGCCUCCAGUGCUGUCGGCCAAGUCUCCUAUGAAAAGUCCGGUAAAACGACGUUCAGGCCUGUUUCCCAGGCUACACUCGAGCACAGAGAGCCCUACCGAGAGACAUCCACCCCGCAGUGAUCACAAAACAGCAGAUGUAUUUCCACACUCGCAGGAAGUACGGUCGGAGACGUCGUCUAAUCCAAGCUCACCAGAAAUCUGCCCAAACAAGGAAAGGCCAUUUGUGAAGCUGAAGGAGUGCAGCAGCCGAAGCAACAUCUCCCGCUCGUCCUCCAGCACCAGCAGCUUUAGCAGCACAGCUGGAGAGGGAGAUGGUCUGGAGGAGCUUGACAUGACGGGAAAAGUAAAAUUUCACCUAAGUCAAACCUGAAGUUUCGUUUUGACAAGCUGAGUCACAUGACUACAGGGCAUUGAGAGAGACAGGAGCGACUACAGGGAAUGAGCAGGCAGUGUAGCUUAACUGGAGCCAAGAGACUUUCUGUCAAAGCGAGAAGGGACCAUCUGCUGUACGCAACGCAACCACCUUCAUCACUGCUCUCCAACACACGCCUUUAUAAACUGCACACAAACAUACACACACACACACACAGAAAUUCACACACACAGAGCGGACGACGCCAAGAUGCCAAAGCAAGUCUUAACAGAAGAGAAGGCCACAAAUGAGACUGUUUCAAACCUGUGAAAGGUUCAUUUUGUGGUCAAAGUUGCUUCACAUCACACAGGUAGCAGAUAAUGUGCAAAAAAAAAAAAAAAAAAAUUGCAUAAUAACAAAACAAAUCAGUGCCACCAUUUAUUUAUUUAUUUUUUUUGAUACAUCAAUAUUUGAGAAGAGGCAUGUGAUACAUGUGUUGUGUUCGUUGUGGUGAAAGUGGCUUCAAAUGAUUAUUUUUUUUUAGUUUUAACAAUGUUAACUGCGAUGACUUCUAUGUAAUACGUAAUGAUGAAACACAACAGACACAACAAUACAGCAAAGUUACAGCUGAGUCUAGUGCAAGCCAUAAUGCAAAUACAGCUAAAAAAAAAAAAAAAAAAAAUGAUUUAAGCAACGUCUGUGGUGUAUAGACGCUACUUACUGGCCGAGUAUGAGAGUCUCUAUGUGUGGUGGCCUGGGAAAACCAUGAAAAUUCACAUGAUUGAAAUUUUUGACAUUUUACUAUAUAUAGUUCUGAAAACUACAGCCUUUCCUGAAAUAUGUUUCCAUCGCGUGUACGUUUCUAGCAUUUUAAAAUGUGGUUCACCACCAAAAUGAAAACAUUUGAAAGAUUCUGGCCUCGCAAACAUUUUAACAGCCCGAUAUCUGAUCACAAAACGAAUUUAUUAGGCUCAUGUCCUUUUGAGACGGCACCUAGCUAGCCAAGAACCUGAUCAAAGAGUGGCAUUCCCUUGGCUAGCAAGAUGUCUUUAAGCAGAUUUACUGUUGUUACUGGUUUCUUACCAAAAAUGAUCUUUGCAGGAAUUUAAAAAGUGAAUAAAAAGGUUGUUUUGGUGAAAUAUAUGUAUAGUUUCUUGAAGUAGUGGAGCCCGAGUAUGCAAUUGGCAGAACGUGCACAAGACAAGACAGUUAUAAAACAUAGAUAUUUCUCUACAGUCUUUUCUGGGCUGUUUUCCAAACGUGCGAUAAGUUCUCCCCGACCACCACAGAUACUUUUUUUUUCAACGUGCUACUUUAUUGACUUUCAACUUGAAUGUCUUAUAGCUUAUGCAUUAGUAACUUUACAGUUCCUGUCUGUGACCAAGCCAACGUUAUUAGUCAAUGACUAAUACUUUGUAAUAGAUAUACACACAUAAGACACUGUGAAAUGUUAUUUAAAUGUUCAGAACCAGUGCUUUGUCCAUAUGUUUAUACAGAUUUCAAUAUACUCCUGAAUAUUAGCCAUAUUACUGAUUCAGACCUAUCCAGUGCAAACUUAAUCUAACAAUAUACAUUAAAUAUUAUCCUUGGGUCAUUUUUUUAACUAACAAAAUAUGAGUAGCCAAAAACACUAGGGCAGUUUUGUUUGUUGUUGUUGUUUUUUUAAGCAUAAUUUGCCGAUAUAACACUAAUGGGUUGCUAAUUUGGUUGGUUGAACGGCAGUGUUCUCCCAGUUGUUAGGUAGAUAAAUGAAGACAGCCUCACUGAUUUAGGUGAAAUUGCUUAACAGGGGUUGUAGCAUUCAAAAGCUGCCAGUGCAAUAACGUGUCCAAACGAUAUUCCCUCAAAACUUAAGCUAAAUGUCCUGUCCCAUUAGAAACAUGCCAUCUUUGUGGACGUGCGGGAUUAAUUUUACCUCAGUUCAAUAUACCUAUAAGCUUACUUCACCCAACUACAACCUAAAUACAACUGAAUACAAUUCAAAUAUCUAACAAAACUUCACAUUUAAAUAGCAGAAUCAUCAAUACGUUAGUUCUGUAGCUCUAAUCAUGUAACUUUUUUUUUUUU